AUGCAUGAGGCACCCGGUGCUGUUGAGUACAUCGCGGGCACUGCGAUUGAUUGGAACUUUUACACCGAACCUCAGGAGUAUCUUGGGGGGCGGAAGCUUGCCUACCAUCGUGGCCGUGGUCUUGGUGGUAGCAGCAUUCUCAAUGGCUUGUACUAUGGCCGUGGUUCGGCCAAUGUCUAUGAUCAUUGGGUUGAACUUGGAAACCCUGGAUGGAGUUGGGAAGAGGUGUUCCCUGAGUUCAUAAAGGCUACUCACUUCAACCCGCCAAACAACGGAACUGGGUACAACCAACGUUACCAAACCUGGGACCCUGCAGCCUACUCCGAUGGUCCAUUAGAGAUUGGUUUUCAGGGGUUUGUUCCGCCUUCGAGUGUUGCUUUCAUCGAGGCGUGCGAAGCCGUCAACAUUCCAAUUGUUGCGGACUUGAACACUGGCAAGAAUGUGGGCGUCAAGCAAGGCUCUGCUACCAUUAACUCCAAGUACCGACGUAGCUCAGCUUAUGACUACUACAAAGCCAUUGCUAACCGCCCAAACUUACUGAUUCUCCAUAACUCACCUGUUCAGUCCAUUACUUUUGCAAGGAAUGCUACUGGAAGUCCGGUAGCAACCGGUGUUGUUUUUAUCGACCACUCUCUUGGACGCCACCAUGUCAUUUCAGCCUCCAAGGAAGUCAUCGUGACUUUGGGCACCUUCCAGUCUCCUCAGAUGUUGAUGGUUUCGGGAAUUGGACCAAAAGACACACUGGAGACCUUUGACAUAGAGCCAGUAGUAAUCAACGAAAACGUUGGCCAACACAUGAUGGAUCACAACGUUUACAGCAUCUCGGCCACCGUAGUUCCCGAAGCCUCCACCCAUUACCUCAUGUUUAACACCACCAACGUUCAAGCCUCGCAAGAUGAGUACUACUCAACUGAUAAGGGCGUCUACACGGCCCCUGGAGGCAUCACGAACGGCUUCCAGGAGUUGUCCAGUGAGCAGCUUGAGUUAAUUGGCGCCGGUGCGGUGGUCGAGGAGGGCCUCACCAACCGCUCAACUUAUUACUCACAUCCCGCCGAUCGCGCCAUAGCGGUGAAUGCCUUCCGCGACGCGAGGAAGAUUCUUGCCCACGCGUCCUUCGCCAACAUGACCGUCGGGCCGGACCACGGCGAAGUGGCGCCGGGCGUUGCGAACAUCGCUUCUGACGACGAUGAUGCCAUCUUUGAGUACGUCAAAGCGACCACGGUCCCUAAUUGGCACGCUAGUGGCACGAACCGCAUGCUGCCUUUGGAGGACGGCGGCGUCGUUGACCCGCGUCUGCGCGUCUAUGGCGUUCAGGGUCUGCGGAUUGUUGACAGCAGCAUCAUGCCCACUGUUCCAGACGUCAACAUCGCGGGACCGGUUUACAUGCUAGGCGAGAAUGGGGCAAGACUGAUUCGGGAAGAUUGGGGCUUUUGA